GCCGAAGUCGUCAUUCUCUGCUUGGAUUGUGCAAGCACAAUGGUCGACAUGGAGUCUGAAAAACGCCCUCACAGUAGCAUUGUGUUGGUGCCGGAGCCCAGCCACAGCCCCCAGGAUCCACUGAAUUGGCCUCAUCGCCGCAAGUACCGGAUUCUGGCUGUGCUCUGUCUGGCUUCAUUCUCGGGGGCCAUUGCCCCGUUGUCUGGCCAGUUGAAUCUGGUCCAACAGGCUCAGAUCUAUGGCAAGACCAAAGUUCAAGAGUCGUAUGCGAACUCGGCAGCCCUGGCCGGGAUGGCCUUCGGGCCCUUCUUCGUGGCGCCCUUCGCCCACCGACUCGGCCGCAGCUCCGUGAUCUUCUGGAGCAUCGUGUGCACCCUGGUCUGCCAGAUCUGGGCGGCCGUGAUGACCCACUCGGACGAGUACAUCGCGUACGUGAUGUCGCGCCUGUUGGCCGGGUUCUUCGGGGCGGUGCCCACCGUGAUCGGACCGCGGAUGAUCACCGACCUGCUGUUCCUGCACCAGCGCGGACGCGCCUUCACGGCGCUGCACAUGGCCUUCCUCUUCGGCACCAUCGCGGGGCCGACCUUCUCGGCCUUCAUCUCGGCAGGGACCUUCUUCCCCGUCGAAUUCUGGUGGACCGUGGGCCUCCUGGGCGCCACCGCCAUCCUGAUCGUGCUCUUCCUCGAAGAAACCGCCUACGACCGCGAGCACCCCGAACGCAAUCGCACCCCCCCAGCCAGCUGGCUGGCCAACCGCCGAGCCACCUUCUUCUUCGGCCAGGCCCUCAUGCCCCCAACCCCCUGGUCGACCACCGCCAAGAUCGCCGUGGCCCCCGUGCUCAUCGGCCUCUGCCCCGUCACUCUGAUCAUGGGCACGUUCACCCUGAUCUCCUUCGGCUUCUACGUGGGCAUGAACGCCCUCGUGCCCGUGUGGCUGCAACGCUCCCCGGCAGAGGGGGGAUACGGCUUCACCCUCCGCCAGAACGCCGCGUUCACCUUCUGCCACUGGAUCGGGAUCCUGCUCGUGCAGCUGGGGGGCCAUCACUACGCCGACCGGCUGCCGCUGCUGCUAGCCCGGCGCCGGUCCCCGCAGGGGCAGGGCAUCUGGAAGCCCGAGUACCGGCUGCACGUCCUCUGGCUCCCCAGUCUGGUGCUCAACCCGAUCGGGCUGGGCCUCUUCGGCGCCACCCUGCAGUACCACCUGCAUUACAUGGUGCUGGCGCUGGCGGUGUUCAUCGUGACGGUGGGGUCGCUGGCGAGCGUGCCCGUCACGGUCAACUACGUGGUGGAGUGCUUCACGCGGUACCCGGCCGAGGCCGGGAUCGUGGUGGGCGCGUAUCGGAUCGUGUAUGGGCUGACGAUCAGCUUCUACAUCGAUCCGUGGGUGGAGGCGGUGGGCGUGGGCUGGGUGUAUGGGAUGAUGGCCUUCUUUGCCGUGUUCUCGUUUGCGUUUGUGGGGCUGUUGAUGUGGAAGGGGGAUGUGAUUCGCCGGUGGCAGAUUGCGAGCGUGGCGAGUAGUGAGGAGGGGGUGCUUAUCCGGCGGGAGGCUUUGCCAGAAGGUUUGAAUAGCCGUCAUAACAUAAGACAUGAUUCUUGUCGGAUGAAGUUGAUGGUGACAAGAGUGGGGAAGGGUGCUUAG